CUACACUACAUAGCAACCACCAUCAAAAUACAGUUAAUUAAAACAUAUGUUGUAUUGAAUUUUAUUUCUAUAAAAUUAUAAAAAAUCCCGAUUCUACACAUAAUUAAAAAGUUUACUUGUACACUACAAAUAGAGAAUUUCAUAAAAUGGACCAGCGAACCAGAAAUAUUGGAGCGUGUUGCCGGGAUGAGUCCAAAAUUGUUAGAUGCGCGGUUACCGCAUUGGAGAAGAUGAGGGAUUACUUGUUCGAAACAUCUGUAUGUCAAGAUGCAGAAAAUUCGAGCACUCCAGGGGACUACGGUUGCGUGACCGACUGCAAGAAAUACACAACCCAGGAAUGUCCAUUUCGAGGAACCGGAAUGCCACCUAAUCUAAUGCGGACAUUCUGUGUGAAUAAGAAGAAGUUGGCGAUCGGCCGACUGGGUCCGAACAUGAUUCGACUUCUGCCCGGCCAGGUUGGAGUAGCCGGUGACCGUGCCACGUUCCACUUGGGUCACCUAGGCAGAAGAAAGACCUCUAUCGUCAAGACCACUACAACUGAGAACAAUGGCCAAUCGGUUGCGCCGACAGCCAUCGUUGUGGACCGACCGACUGCCACAAAGUACAUCAACACUCAACGCAAGAGGACAAUGCAAGUAUUGCCAGCGGUUCCGGUGUCCGCCAAUAAUCUGGCAGUCGGCCCAGUCACUGGGUUACCUGUGGACGACAAGGAGCAUGUUUUUGUUUUGCGGCUAUCCAAGGCGUACGAAAACCCCACCGACGUAGCCUGCUUGCAAGUUGAAAUGCGUCUGCCUAACCCCCCGCUGGAUAUAAAGCGCACGGAUGCCGAGACGCAGUUUUUGAAUGAUGACGUAACGACCACCGUCGUGACCACUGGUGGAAAGAAGAGAUCAAAAAAGGGUUCAAGAAAAGGAUCGAGAACAGCAUCAAAAAAGGGGAAAAAAUGAAGGCCCUGAUUUUAUAUGAUACCGUACACCACCAAAAGCACAAAUUAAAUGUGUUAUUGCACUAUUUUA